AUGACUCUGACCAGAGGAUCUUUUACCUACGCCAGUGGGGAAGAAUACCACGGCGAGUGGAAAGAAGGUCGGCGGCAUGGCCUUGGCCAGCUCAAGUUUCAAGACGGAACGUGCUACAUGGGUCAGUUUGAGAACGGACUCUUUCACGGUUCUGGUGUCCUGCUUUUCACAGACGGGUCCAGAUACGAAGGAGAAUUUUCACAUGGAAAGUUUCAAGGCACUGGAGUGUUCAGUCGAUACGACGGCAUGAAGUUUGAGGGAGAAUUCAAAGACGGGCGUGUGGAGGGAUACGGGCUAUUGACUUUUCCAGAUGGAACCCAUGGCGCUCCACGAAACGAGGGCUUGUUUCAAAACCAUAAGCUGCAGAAGAGGGAGAAGUGUCCAGGAGUGGUGCAGCGUGCACAGGCUUCAGCUUCCAGUGCUCACAGUCUUGCACUUUGACAACUCUACAGAAGACA